ACAAGAGUUGGGUGAAGGGAACAACACGGCGGAGAACAGGACUGGUUUCCAGAUGACGUCUCUGAUUUGCACGUUACAAGACCACCGAGACGAUGUCAACUGUGUUGCUUUCUCUGGUGAACUGUUCGCCACCUGCUCUGGAGACAAAACCCUGAGAAUAUACAGCUGCCGGGACUUCUCUGAGCUGGCCUUCUCCCCGCUGUCGGGACACGGGUACUCCGUCCACUGCUGCUGCUUCAGCUCCUGCGGACAGUUCCUGGCCUCGUGUUCUACUGAUGCUACCACCAUGGUCUGGUCCACGGUCACCGGGGAGAUCGAGGCCGUCCUGGAGCAUCCGGGUCGGAGUCCUGUGAGGACCUGUGCCAUCUCUCAGGACUCUGCUCACCUGGUUUCAGGUGCAUCUGAUGGCUCUCUGGCCCUGUGGGACUUCCCCUCCAAACAGCUGCGCAGGACGGGAGCUGUGAAUGACACCACGAUGGUAGCCUGCUCCUUCAGUCCCUGCAGUCAGAUGUUCAUGACCGGCUCCACCUACGGGGACCUGCGUCUCUGGGACCUGGACCUGAACCAGCUGCAUGCAGAGAAGAACGCCCACGACCUGGGAGUCACCUGCUGCACCUUCGCUCCCAGCAUCCUCAGUGGUGGUCCGGUGGUGCAGUUCCGCCUGGCGUCCUGUGGGCAGGACAGCCAGCUGAAGAUCUGGACCAUCAACAGGCUGAGCUCUGGAGGUUGUAAGAUGCAGCUCCUGCACACACUAACAGGCCAGACGGCUCCGGUCCUCUCCUGUGCUUACUCAGCAGACGGACAGCUGCUUGUGUCUGGUUCUGUGGACAAAACUGUCACAGUCUAUGAUGCUAAAAAUGCAGUUUUGCUUUAUACACUGAACCAGCAUGAGAGAUACGUGACGGCGUGUUGCUUCUCUCCAACGUCUCCUCUGAUCGCUACAGGAUCUAUGGACAAGAGUGUGAACAUCUGGAGGCUGGAGGAUGGAUGCAGUGGGAAGUCGUUGCCUGAGCAGUCUGCUCUGACAUCCAGUGAAGGGAGAAGCUCGGCGGGCCGCUCCAAGCUGCUGGUCAGCGAUUGGUCGGAGGGGGACGUGUCGGCGUGGCUGGCGGAGGAAGGCCUCCAGGGAUUGGUGGAAAUAUUCAGAGCCAACAACAUCGACGGGACAGAGCUGCUCAGUCUCACCAAGGAAACGCUGGCGUCAGAGCUGCACAUAGAGUCGGUAGGCCUGCGUAAUAAGCUGGUGAGGAAGGUGGAGCAGCUGAAGAGUGAGUCGGUGUGUUCAGGCGUUCCUGAUGAGUUUCUGUGUCCGAUCACCAGAGAGCUGAUGAAGGAGCCGGUCAUCGCUGCCGACGGAUACUCGUAUGAACGAGACGCCAUCGAGAGCUGGAUCAACACCAAGAACCGCUCCAGCCCGAUGACCAACCUGCCCCUACUCACCACGCUGCUCACGCCCAACCACACCCUGAAGAUGGCCAUCGGCCGCUGGAGGACCAGCCACUAGCAGGAGGACCAGCCACUAGCAGGAGGACCAGCCACUAGCAGGAGGACCUCUGAGCCUCAAACAUUAGACAGAAACCACAGCAGCUCAGGUAGAGGCGCAUCUGAUUCUGUUCCAUUACAUUUGAUUCUGUUUCUCUAUUGGCAUUAAAAGUGCUACUAUUAUCUCUGGUUCUGAGCAGGAACCAACAAACCCCAACACAUCAACACCAGAACCACAGCCAAACCUGAAGCCACACAUUUUAUACUAACCAUGCACUGUUCAGAUCAUUUGGUGAAGUGUUUGAAGUGAUCAUUUUGGGCCAUUUCAUACAUCUGAAAUGUAAAUAACGUAUUUUAAAACAAAGCUAUUUCAGGAAAUGCAAUUUAAACAAAUAUUUUUUUGUGUAUUUUCAUAAUAUUGAGCAGCACAUCUCUACAGUUAACGUGCCCUAUAUGUGAAUAUGUUUGUAGAACCAAGCCCGGAAUUAAGAUUAACACAAAAUGACCCAAAAAUCAUCUCUUUUGCCGGUUAUAUGGCAGAAACAUUUUCCAUUGGCUGAACCAGCGACCACAACAAAGAACACAUGAGGUGGCGUGACUUCAUUUUCACGUCAGGAUACGAAUACUCCACUAUAUCUUUACAUAUCAAAAAAUCUUUUGCUGCUAUAUUAAUGUUCUGAAUGUCGUUUACAUCACCUUUCAUUUAUAAAGCUGCUGUUUUGACCACUUGGGAGCAGAAUCGUAGGUCUAAAUGUACUUUUAGUUUAUUACAUUUCAAUGACAAAGACACAUUAAAUAGAUACAAAUCAAUAUGAGCAUCCCACAGGAGUUCUGGCCACCUGAACAAUGCAGGUUUCAAGCAGCUAUAAUCAAUAUUAUUAUUAUAAUAAAAAAGCGAAUUUUAGCCGUCUGCCUCACAACUUUAUAUGAGUGGUGAGUGUCUAAAAAACAACUGUACACAACCUGCUCAGCACCAAACUACAGAAAGUGUCUCGCUAAUGAAAACAGAGCCAGAUAUUUCUCUCAGGAGACGGUGGAGAACAAAAACGGAGCUAAAAGAGAGUCGGUAUCAGACAUUAACCAGGUGGCCACAAACUAAUUAUAAUGUUGCUCAGUAACUCCUGAUUGUGCAAAUAAGAAACUGUUAAACAAGUUCAUUGUCCUAACAACCUUUUUUCCCCCAAGUGGACAGAAAAAAUCAGCUCCUGCAGCUUUACUCUGACUAUCUCCAUCUCGCUCCA